AGGGAAUGAGGCAAGAGGAAAUAGAAAAAGGAAAGGGAAGGGAAGAACAUGACUGAGAAAGAGAUGGGAGAUGGUUCCAACUCUUCCUUAGCAGAACAAAACUCACAAUCCCCUCCACGUUCAUCACCUUCGUCAAAGAAGGAACCUGGAGGAUGGAGAGCCGUCAAAUACAUUCUUGGAAACGAGACUUUCGAGAAACUUGCUUCCAUGAGUUUGGUUGCGAACAUGACUGUUUAUUUGCGGACUAAAUACAACAUGGAUGGGAUAGUUGUGGUUAACGUGAUUAAUAUUUGGUCUGGUUGCUCCAACAUCACAGCAAUAGCUGGUGCUUUGGUUUCUGAUACAUUUCUGGGACGCUACCGCACUCUCCUCUUUGGUUCAAUCUCCUCGUUACUGGGAAUGGCGACCAUGACCCUUACUGCUGGUGUGCCUAAAUUUAGACCUCCAACCUGCAUAGACGAAAGGAAUUGCAUAGAGCCUCGGUUCUGGCAGAUGGGUGUCCUUUUUGCUGGUCUUGCAUUUAUGGCCAUUGGUGCUGGAGGCAUUAGACCCUGCAACAUCGCAUUUGGGGCUGAUCAGUUUGACACCACAACAAAGAAGGGAAGAGCACAACUAGAGAGCUUCUUCAAUUGGUGGUACUUCUCAUUCACCUUGGCCCUCGUGGUAGCUCUAACUGCGGUGGUCUACAUUCAGACCAAUAUCAGUUGGGUUAUUGGUUACGCCAUUCCAACCAGCUGCCUUUUCCUUUCGAUUGUCAUUUUUGUGACUGGACACCACGCCUACAUAAUAAUGAAGCCACAAGGAAGUGUUUUUGUUGACAUGGCUAAAGUGAUCACAGCAGCCAUUAGAAAGCAUAGUUUAACUGCUUCAGGACACUCCUUUUAUGAUCCUGAACUCCAGAAAUCAGGAUCAAAACUCUCACGCACCAAAAGGUUAAGUUGCCUUGACAAGGCAGCUAUAAUUGCUGAUCCAAAUGAGUUGGAUGACCAAGGCAAGCCCAAGAAUGAUUGGAGAUUAUGCAGUGUUGAACAAGUAGAAAAUCUAAAGAUGUUGCUUGGAAUGCUGCCUGUUUGGGUAGCAGGAAUUGGUUGUUUCAUAACCAUGGAACAGCAGGGUACACUUGGAAUUCUUCAAGCGAUUCAGACAAACAAAACGCUUGGAUCCCGUUUCGAGGUACCCCCAGCCUGGAUGGGCCUCUCAUCAAUGAUUGCCCUUGCAAUAUGGAUCUUCAUUUAUGAGCAAAUUUGGGUACCUCAGACACGGAAAAGAACGGGGAAAGCUAAAAGAUUGUCCACGGCACAGAGGAUUAAUAUCGGUAUUGUCAUUGCAAUUGCGUGCUGCUUAUUGGCUGCAGUUAUUGAGAAGCAACGUCGAAAGGCAGCUUUGAAACAAGGUUCCUUCGAGUCACCUAUGAGCAUUUUAUUCCUCCUCCCACAGUUUGCCUUAUCAGGUUUGAUCGAAGCAUUUGCUGCAGUGGCCCUAAUGGAAUUUCUCACCACGCAAUUGCCAGAGUCCAUGAGAACUGUUGCUGGAGCAAUCUUCUUUGUCAGCUUAUCUAUUGCAAGCUACAUGAACUCCAUUCUUGUCAACAUCGUCUACAGAAUAACUAGCAAGGAUGGGAACCCGCCAUGGUUAGGUGGCCAUGACCUCAACAAGGAUAUGCUUGAGAAGUUCUAUUACCUCGUGGCUGGCAUAGGAGCCCUGAAUCUCCUUUAUUUCAAUCUCUUUGCAAGGCGUUUCUUGACCAAUGCUGUUGUUGAUAAAAAAGGAUCAGAGGGUGAACAGAACAAUGAAGAGAAAACAUUGGAAGUGGCAUAAAAAAAAAAAAAGAUGGUUCCAGAUAUAGUCUAGUGAUGGUCACACUCAGACCAUUCUUUGAAAAGGAGGAUCCAAGUUUCGAGUUUCUUUCUCUGAAUAAUAUACUAAUUGCGGAUAGAGAGAGCAAAAGGAUGAGGAUCAUGAUCAGCAAUCUCCAUUGAUGUUGUCAUUUACCAAGAUAUUCACUAGGCGUGAUUGUCUAUUCAUCGCCCUGCUGGCACCGUCCCAUUUGUUUAAGUUCUUUACCCCCUCCUCCUCUUCCCUGGAAUUUUUAUCUGUUUCUACUUUGAAAAC